AUGACACCCGCACUCAACGUCGGUGUCCUGAUUUAUGCGAGCGCCGACAUCAUGGACUUCAGUGGCCCAGUAGAAGUCUACUCCACACGCCCACCACCCGGCACCCCCCAAGUUUUCAACGUCACAACUUUCGCACACACCAACCCCGUCGGCGCCGAAGAUGGCGUGCUAGUAUACGUCCCCGGUGCCUCCUUCUCGGAAGUCGAACAACGUCUCGAUAGCUACGACAUCAUUGUAGUUCCAGGCGCCCAUCCAGAUGUUCUCGCUGAGUUCAUUGCAAGCGAGGACGGCCAAAAGACGCUAGCUCUUGUACAGAAAUUCGCCAAGUUACCGCCGAGAAAGGAGACAGGGCAUCGUAUCCUGCAGUCUGUGUGCUCGGGCUCGAUUAUCCUGGGUGCAGCGGGUGUUUUGGCAGGACGAACGGCGACUACGCAUCAUAUUUGCUACGAUAUGCUGAAGGAGUAUGCUGAUAAAGCUGCGGGAGGGGACUCUGGAAUCAACAUUGUGAAGAAGAGGUGGGUCGAUGGUGGGGAGACAGAGGCUGGUGUGCGGAUAGUGAAUGCUGGAGGGGUCAGUUCAGGGAUUGAUGCGAGUCUUUGGGUCACCGAGUUGAUUUGUGGUGAGAAACAUUACAAGUACGUGGAAGAGAUUCUGGAGUUUGAGAGGAGAGGAGAGGGUCAGGCGUGGUGA